AUGGGACUCCGCGACUUCCUUCGCAAGAAGGAUGGUGAAGGCCACGACGACGAAAGCAAUCACGACCACCAUGACAGCCAGCCUGACGCCUCCCACACCUCUCCCCCGCCGACGGGCGCGCCCGAGUUCAAGUUUGUCCGCUCCGAAUCCAAAGACGACAUGCCCACGGCGACGGCGGCGUCCCAGCUGUCGCCGAGCCCGAACAGCAACAGCAACAUAAACAACAAUACCCUCCUCCAAGCCGCCGACCCUAUCCCUCAGCGUAACCGCCUGAGCCUCGACGUCUUCUCGUCGUCCCGGUCCCGCAGCGGCUCCGUCUCGUCUCAGGCGAGCAACGGCCCCGAGAAGUCCCGCCGCCGCAUCUCUGAGCGCCUCCACCUCAGCCGCGCCCCCUCGAGCUCCGAACACGUACCCCAAGAUCUCCCCGCCAUCGUCGCCUCCGACUCGGCCGAGGACCAGUGGGAGCGCCGUGCCACCAUGCUCGCGAACAUGACGGAGCGCGCGCGCAGCAACUCGCGCCCGCCGACGCCGCCCUCGUCAGGCCAGCACGCGGUCCCGCCGACAACGACGGCCCAGGGGACAGCCUCGUCCCCUUCCGGCCCGGCGGCCACGUCCCCCCUGGUCCGCAAGGGCCCCGUCUCGUCCAAGGACGUCGACGAGGGCAUCCAGGAGGCCAUCCGGCUGCACGAAGAGGGCCACCUCGCCAAGUCGACGGCCAUGUUCGCCUGGCUCGCCGACCCCAAGGGCGCCAACAACCCGCUGAGCCAGGUGCUCUACGGCCUCGCCCUGCGCCACGGCUGGGGCUGCGAGCCCGACGUCGAGCGCGGCGUCACCUACCUCACGGCUGCCGCCAGCAACGCCGCGACCGUCGAGCAGCUCGCGCUCCAGGCCGGCCUGAAGAAGGGCGGCGCCUACAAGGGGGAGCUCGUGCUUGCCAUUUUCGAGCUCGGCAACUCGUUCCGCCACGGCUGGGGGACGGCUAAGGAUCCUGUGGCUGCGAAGCAGUACUACGAGACGGCUGCGAAUCUGGGAGAUACCGGUGAGUUCUGCUGCCACCCCUUUUGCCCCUUUCCUCCUGGCCCGUUGAAGCCCAUGCUUCCUCGUUGA